AUGGCGUCUUCGUCCUCGUCUUUUUUUCCGCUGCGAGCAUGCAUACUAUCGUGUAUGCUUCUCCUAUUGCCUGGAGCUUCAGCAUACGUUGGUGGCGCGACUGUGUCGAGCACCAUUCUUAUCUUCGCACGCGACACAACUUCUGCUGAAAACAGUGCUGCACUUGGACUCCGUGGCUAUGGCAUUCCUUACGAGAUCGCCCUUGUCCCGCAAUCUGGCGUUGCGAACAUUCCGCUCCUGAACUCUUCCGCCACCCAUGGCAACUAUGGUGGAAUAGUCAUGGUUAGCGAAGUGGGCUACAAUUUCGACAAUCUAUACUUGAGCGCACUUGAGACGACACAAUGGAACGAACUAUUUACCUACCAGUCGAAUUUUGGUGUACGAAUGGUCCGUCUUGACGUUUACCCCACACCCGAGUUUGGUGUGACCAGCUUGGGAGGCAACGUGAAUGAGGAGCCUGUCAUGUUCACCAAUACAUCGAGCUUCCCUACCGCAAAUCUAAAAACAUACAGAGUUAACAACGACCUCAGCAACGUCGGUAUCAGUACAGCGAACAUCUUUCACACACCUGCGGCCAUCACAAAUUCGUCAAUGACAUGGGAGAUAGCCAAGUUCUCAGGCGCGGGCACUGCAGCCGUCAUCAAUCAGAUCGGUGAUCGUCAGCAAAUGGUGUGGUUUAUGCCGUUUGCGUUAGACUGGGCAGCUUCGAGUAACAUCAUCCAACAUUCCUGGAUCACCUGGGUCACGAGGGGGCUCUUUGUGGGUUUCAGGAGAAUAUAUCUGAGUACCCAGGUCGAUGACAUGUUCCUGGAAACAGAGCUGUACCGUCCACAAGGUCAGAGCUAUCGUUGCAAGCCGGAGGAUUUAUCCUUUCACGUCAAAUGGCAGGCGGAGUUGAACGCAAAGAUGCCCCAAGGUUCAGAAUACUUCCUUGAAAUUGGUCACAAUGGUAAUGGCGACAUCGAAGCUGCCGUUGAAACUACUGCAGGCGACAGUGCCUGCAGGCCAAGCAGUGGCAUUGAGUACGCAGAUCAGCCAGAUGGUAAUCCUGAGUACACCAAGCCGCCAGGAACGGGAACGAAUAUCUGGCCGGCAACGCCUACAAAAUAUAGCUGGAGUCUCGAGUGUGCGAAACUUGACGCACUACAGAAUUGGUUUGCAGUAGAGCAACAGCGGGAUGCCUUCGCACAUUUGUCGCAUACAUUCACUCACGCUGACUUGACCAAUACCACUUACUCUGAUACCUCCAAGGAAAUCUCCUUCAAUCAAGCAUGGCUGAAGCAGGUCGGUCUUGAUGCUGCCCUGCGAUACAGUCCAAAGGGACUUAUACCGCCCGCUAUAACCGGUCUUUACAAUGCCGAUGCCAUUCGAGCAUGGAUGGACAAUGGCAUCUUCAAUGUGGUUGGAGACAAUACGCGUCCAAAGUUACGCAAUCCACAGAACACAUUCUGGCCAUUGACCACUACUGUAGAAGGCAAUGGACAUGCCGGGCUUAAUGUGAUGCCCCGAUGGGCCACAGUCAUCUACUACAACUGCGAUCUACCAGCAUGCACCUUGCAAGAAUGGAUUGAUACAUCUGCUGGUAGUGGUACAUUUGAUGACCUUCUUGCCAACGCGAGGGACACUGCGAUUCGAAAUCUGAUGGGGCUUCACUGGGAUCCAUACAUGUUCCAUCAAGCGAAUAUGCGUGUCAAUGACGUUCCCGCAACCACCAUAAACGGCGUACGUGGACAAUACUCCCUGCUCAUGUCUUGGGUAGAGGUCAUCACAGCGGAAAUGAUGAAAUACACCACGUGGCCAUUUAAGACUCUGAAGCACGACGAUAUCGCCCAACAGUUCGUCAACCGCCAAGUACGCGAUCUUUGCCGACCUAGCAUGACAUGGACGACAUCCGCCGAUGGCGCUAGGAUUGAGAGCGUGAAUGUAUAUACGGCGGGCGGUAACCAGUGCGCGACUCCGAUUCCAAUCACUAUUCCGUGCAACGUGGAUUCUACCACUGGUGCAACAAUGGAGCAGCUCGGUAGCGACCCUUUGACGCUUUGGGUGACUAUGAGUGGUGCAAGUCGGUUGUACAAGCUCUCUAAAGCUAUCACAUUGUAA